AAUGUGGCGGCGGCGUGCUAUGAAUAUUUUGCGUGCUGGCACCAGGUACAAAAUGCACGACCACCUGGACCACGUUACCGGCCUGGAGAAGCGGGAGCUCCUCGCACACCUUGCUGGUGACUGCGACCCUUUCCGCAUGCUUGCCAUUAAAAAAGGUCCCGGUACUUGGGCGUGCCCGAAUCUCAUUCCUAGUGCGUUCAACAAGCGGAUUGUGGGUUGCGUGUGCCAUCCGGAGACUAACCACAUCGAGUACAUGUGGCUGCACCUAGGAGAGCCCAAGCGAUGCGGCUGCGGGUACUGGUUCGAGUUAUGUCCCGUUGCACCAUUGUAGACGGUACACUCGCAAACAUACGUAUCACUUUGUCCUUUAAUAUUACGUCUUAGAGUGUGCAGUAC